CCGUUGGUUCAAUAGCAUUCGACUUUGUUGGUUGGUAGACCUUAGCACACGAAGCGUUAAACAAUUAUUAAAUUUUAUAAAAGUUAAUUUGUGAAAAUGUGUGAGCAGUAUUGCGACAAGUUCGAGACCUUCAAUCCGGAGAUUGAGUUUGCAAAGUUUCAAAAACGCAAGCCAGUUGUAAGAACUGCUCAACUUUAUGAGAAUCUGCACAAGCGAGAGGACAUCAAGUGUCCCUAUAGUUUCAAGGGUUAUGGCGUGGAGACGGACUCCAAUACAAUGUACCGCACCUGCAACUCGGAAUACGGUUACUAUGCACCCAAUGCCUAUACAAUUCCCAAGCGUUUCUAUCCACUGCCCCAGAAUUUCUCCAAUGAAGUCGUUCGCUUCGGCAUGUAUCGCAAUUUCUCUUUAAACACGCACAUGGAUCGCACCUUCUACUAAAAUACCAGCGUUUAAGCCUUCAAUCACUCUCAGGUCGUCUCAACUUUUAUUGGUUUUCUAUGCCAUUUGAAAAUUUUAAGCUGGACAACAAAUGAAACCUUUCUCCGAAUAUUUACCCUUAUAAGCAACCCAGAAGAAAUCUGUCAUUAAAAAAUUGUAAAAUGUCAAUAAGGCACCAAAAAAAUUAUAAAAUUUUAUAAAAGCAAA